UUUGCCCGUUUGCGUUGUACUACUGGAUGGCAGCGGUUAGCCAACCUUGCUUGUUUUUAAAAAGCUGACGCCAUGGAAAGCUACCAGGAGAUUCCAGGGAUAUAAAUUAGACACUGUAGUAGAAAAACAUUCUGGAAACAGGCUUCAGAUAGAAAUAUUUAUGAUGCAAUCUUAGGACUAUCUACUCUAAACUACAUUGAUUUUAAUAUUUUCCAGAAAAGCAGGUAGCCGAGGAGGUCACGGAAGAAUAGCGGGACGAUAAAAGUUAGUAGCGGAUAUUAGCACUAUGCUUGUGGCCCUUGUUGCAAGGAGGAGGCGCGUUCACAUGGCUGGAAGCAGAGGAAUGGCUAGUUGACGGGCGUGCGCCAUCUUCCGGCUGGGUGUUAGUAAAACGCUUAAAGAAGCAGAAGAGAGAAACAUGAACUGGAUGCCACCGCUAGAGAAUCUGACCCAUUUAUAUAGUGCUUGCAGGCAGCUGCAUUCCCUAGCUUACCGAAAACAGUGGAAGUUUGUCCUGUCCUCUGCCUAUCCUAUGUGCCCCAUUCAGCUGUACCCGCUGCUCUGGCAUCCAGACACCACCUCACAAUUCAGGCUUUUCACCACCAAGGAGAGAGAGAAAUUGGGCAAAGUGAAACUGAAACCUGUACAGAUGAAAGCAAAGAAACAAGAGAUUGAGAUAAGGCGCCAAAUGACUGUGGAGGAACUUGCAAAAGUGAUGCAUAAGGAUAUAGAUCAUGUAUAUGAAGCUCUGCUGAACACAGACAUAGAUUUAGAUUCACUAGAACCAGAUUCAGUCUUGGAAGUAAAUUGGAUCAAAGACAUCAUUAAAAAAUCUGGCAUGCAGUACAAAUGGGCUGAACUGAAAGUAGAAAAAGAAAAAGAAAAUAAAGAUGUGGUGAGAAGGCCUCUUCAAAAUGCAGCUUUAUUAACCCCCAGACCUCCAAUUAUUACUGUAUUGGGCCAUGUUGAUCAUGGAAAAACUACAUUACUUGAUAGCCUGCGAAAUACUAAUGUGGCAGCAAUGGAAGUAGGAAAUAUAACACAGCAUAUUGGUGCCUUUCUUGUGCAGUUGCCUUCUGGGGAGAAGGUAACAUUCUUGGAUACUCCUGGCCAUGCUGCCUUUUCAGCCAUGAGGGCAAGAGGUACACAUAUCACUGAUAUUGUUGUACUGGUGAUAGCUGCCGAUGAUGGUGUGAUGGAGCAAACUAUGGAAUCCAUUCAACAUGCUAAAAAUGCUAACGUUCCAAUCAUCGUUGCCAUCAAUAAGUGUGACAAAGCUGAAGCUGAUCCUGAAAAAAUAAAGAAACAACUGCUGGCUCACAAUAUUGUUUGUGAAGACUAUGGAGGAGAUGUUCAGGCUGUUCCUAUCUCUGCGUUAAAGAGCCAUAACCUGAUGAACUUAAAAGAGGCAAUUGUAACUCUUGCUGAGGUAAUGGAACUGAAGGCAGAUAGCACAGGUCUCGUGGAAGGUAUUAUAAUAGAGUCUCGCACAGAUAAAGGAAAAGGUCCAGUAACCACUGCCAUUAUCCAAAGAGGCACUCUGAGAAAGGGUUGUAUUUUGGUUGCUGGAGAAACCUGGGCCAAAGUGCGACUGAUGCUUGAUGAAAAUGGCAAAACAAUGGAAAAUGCUUCCCCUGGUGUGCCCACAGAGAUUGUGGGGUGGAAGGAGGUCCCAGCAGCAGGAGAAGAAAUCCUUGAAGUUGAAUCUGAGCAAAGGGCACGUGAAGUUGUUGAAUGGAGAAUCUAUGUGAAAAAGCAGGAAAAAAUAAAGAAAGAUCAAGAAAUUAUAGAAGAGAAGCAAAAGGCUUAUAACGAAGACUACAGGAAGAAGCGAGAGGGUCUCAUGAACUUGAGCUGGAGAGAGAGAGUAUAUGUAAUAAAGAAGAGCCAAAAGGAGUCCAUGACUAGGCAAUCUGAAAAAGAUAUUCAGAGUGACAAAAACAUGUUGCCUCUCAUUAUCAAAGGUGAUGUCGAUGGCUCUGUAGAAACCAUUUUGAAUAUUCUGAAAACCUAUGAUGCUGACGAAGAAUGUGUAUUAGAUGUGAUUCAUUGUGGGAUUGGGGAUAUUAGUGAAAAUGAUAUAAAACUAGCAGAAUCAUUCCAAGGUAUCAUCUAUGGAUUCAAUGUAAAGGCACAUAAAUCUAUUCAGCAGAUGGCUGCUAAAAAGAAAAUAAAGGUGAAAAUACACAAUAUCAUCUACCGGCUUGUGGAGGAUUUACAGGAAGAGCUCAGCAACACUUUGCCCUUUGGUGAAGAGGAACAUGUGCUAGGAGAAGCUGCCGUUUUAGCAACCUUUGAGAUUGAUGUAGGAAAACAUAAAGUUCCAGUGGCUGGCUGUAGAGUACAGAAAGGACAAUUAAACAAAAAAAUGAGCUUUAAAUUAAUUCGCAAUGGAGAAUGUAUUUGGACAGGAUGCUUAUCGUCUCUGAAGCAUCAUAAGGAAGAUAUCGCAAUUGCAAAGACUGGCAUGGAUUGUGGACUUAGUUUGAAUAAUAAUCUGAAAUUUGAAGUUGGAGAUGAAAUUGUUUGCUUUAGCACAAAGGAAGUUAAGCAGACAAUUUCUUGGAACCCAGGAUUUUAAAUCAAGCUGACUAAAAUAUAGAAGGCAAGAAAACUUGAACCUUCAUUCUGUAUCAAACUGUAGAAUUUUCUGGAUAGUAUCGUGCAUUGUAAAAUUGGCUACAGAAAAUGGAAAAGUCUGCCAUUUCAGGAGAUGUAUAUUUUUAUGUGUUAUGAAAUAACAUUUUAAAACCUAAAUGUUCACUACAAGGAAAACCAACACAUUACAUUUGUUAAUGCAGUUGUUUCAACAAUUAUUAAAAAGUUUAGAUGAGGUGUUUUGCUAUCAAAAUUCUGCAUUUUCUAUGGUACUCAAACCAAUAACUAUGGAAUCAAGCACCUUUGUAUGUUUAAAUUACAGAAACUACCACACCCAACCCAUUUUUGAACUUGUUUGAAACAUGAGGGUGGCUGUCAUUCCUCACACUAUAAUUUCAAUGUAGUUAUCCAUCUUUGAGUGCAAAUUGCUUUUGCAGAUCAGCUUUAUAUUAAAAUUAGAGUUGUAGGUAA